GAUGUUGAUACACAGAAAGGAAACCAAGCGUCGCUGAGCUCGAGCUGUGUGAAAAAAGCUACAAGACGAAAAGAAACCGUUUAUAUUAAAGGGCUGGUAACAGUUGUGCAUUUGCCUGUUAUUGGAGCCAUGGGCCGCAUCUUUUUGGAUCACAUUGGCGGGACGCGGCUCUUUUCCUGCGCUAACUGUGACACCAUCCUGACCAACCGCUCUGAGCUCAUAUCUACACGCUUCACGGGUGCCACAGGAAGGGCCUUUCUAUUCAACAAGGUGGUGAAUCUGCAGUACAGUGAAGUGCAGGAUCGCGUGAUGCUGACCGGCAGACACAUGGUUCGUGAUGUGAGCUGUAAAAACUGCAACAGUAAGUUGGGCUGGAUCUAUGAGUUCGCCACUGAGGACAGUCAACGUUACAAAGAAGGUCGUGUGAUCCUUGAGAGGGCGCUGGUGAGGGAGAGCGAGGGCUUUGAGGAGCACGUGCCCUCCGACACAUCCUGAUGGGAGUUCAUCUCUCAUAUCUGAGCUCAUCUUCUCUCUUUCAUACAUGUAUUCAGGCUUUGUGAGGAUCUUUCAUUUGUGUUUUUUUCCUCUAUCACACAACACAAGCUCUGUAGAUGUUGUUCUCUGACACUGAGUUAAUAAUUACAACAACAAAAACCAUGCAUAUCAGUGUCUAAGGUAAAGAUUUGUGAGAUGACACAAUCUCUUCCUUGUUUAAUUGGUAACAACAACA